CCCUCCGCCGUCCCUCCGCGGCCAUGCCCGGGCCCUAGCCGCCUGCCGCAGCUGCAGCCGCGCCGCCGCCUCUCAAUGGGCAACCUGCUCGGCGGGGUCGGCCUCCGCGAGCCCACCACCGUGGAGGACUGCGACUCCACCUGGCAGACGGACUCGGAGCCCGAGUCCGAGCCCGAGCCCGAGGAGCCGGAGCCGGGGCCGGGCGGCGGCGCGGGCCCGGAGCGCGAGUCGGAGCCCGAGCCCGAGGCGGAGGAGCGCGGCGGCCCCGCGCGGGACGCGGACGCGGAGGCGGCGGGCGCCGGGCAGGAUGGUGAGUCCACUGAAGCAACUGCUAAACCAAAGAGAAGUUUUUAUGCUGCGAGGGAUUUGUAUAAAUACCGACACCAAUACCCACAGAACUUCAAAGAUAUCCGAUAUCAAAAUGACUUGAGCAAUCUUCGUUUUUAUAAGAAUAAAAUUCCGUUUAAGCCAGAUGGUGUUUAUAUUGAAGAAGUUCUAAAUAAAUGGAAAGGAGAUUAUGAAAAGCUGGAGCACAACCACACUUAUAUUCAAUGGCUAUUUCCCCUGAGAGAACAAGGCUUGAACUUUUAUGCUAAGGAACUAACUACAUAUGAAAUUGAGGAGUUCAAAAAGACAAAAGAAGCAAUUAGAAGAUUCCUCCUGGCUUAUAAAAUGAUGCUAGAGUUUUUUGGAAUAAAAUUGAUUGAUAAAAUGGGGAAUGUUGCUCGUGCUGUUAACUGGCAGGAAAGAUUUCAGCAUCUGAAUGAGUCUCAGCACAACUAUUUAAGAAUCACCCGCAUUCUUAAAAGCCUUGGUGAGCUUGGAUACGAAAGUUUUAAAUCUCCACUUGUAAAAUUUAUUCUUCAUGAGGCUCUUGUGGAAAACACCAUUCCUAAUAUUAAGCAGAGUGCUCUGGAAUAUUUUGUUUAUACCAUCAGAGACAGGAGAGAAAGGAGAAAGCUCUUGCGAUUUGCCCAGAAACAUUACAGGCCUUCUGAGAACUUCAUCUGGGGUCCACCCAGGAAAGAACAGGGCGAGGCCAGCAAGGGCCAGAAAGCAGCUUCCUCUCCCACCUCUAAUCACAGCAGUCAGAAUUCUAUGCACAAAAAAGUCAAGGACUCCAAAAAUUCCUGCACAGAUGUUCACUUAAACAGCAGAACAACUGAAGAAAAGAAAGUAACAUCCAAAGAACCCGGGGAAGGGGCAGAGAGGCCCAGCUCAGAGCCCAGCAAUGACCCUGCAAAGCCCACAAACCCACAGGACAUUGGGGCUGAAAGUGCAAAUUCACACCAGGAAAAGACAGCUAGUAACCCUACAGAAAAAAUGGAGAGUUCAUCUCCCUCUGAGAAAGACGAAGAAAGUGAAAAUCAUAGUGAAGACUGCAAGAACACAGAGAGUACCAGCUGUGAUAACCAAGUUCUGUGACAGUGAGUCCUCAGAAAACCACAACCCAGAGGGAAAAACUAAGACUUUCUCUUGAAGAACAGUGACAAGGCCAUACUCCGCCUGUUUAGCCAUCCUGUGAUUUCCAUUGUAAACAUUUUGUGUAUUUGUUUGUUUUGGAUGACAGUGAAUUGGAUACUUAAUAAGAUCUUUUAAGGUGAGAGCCAAUAAUGAAUGUUUUAGGGUGUAAGUUUUUAAAUUCUCUAUAUGAUUUAGGUUAUUUUCAAGGCAUCCAGAAAAAAAUCAUGUAGCAUUUGGUUUAUCAAAUACUUUGUUUUGAGAGAUUAUGCUACAGGAAGAAAAUCAAGGGAGUAAUUUCAUUGUAUCACCACACCUUUACCUGAUUUGUGGAUUAAUUUUUGAAGCUGGAAGAGUUUUGGCCUUCUCACAUAUAUUCAGAAAAUAAUUUGGACUCUUUGACAGCACAUCGCCAUGUGCUUAUUUUUAGACUCUGAUAUGUGGCGUGGAUGUCAUUGGAAAUCUCUGCCCUAUCAGCUCCCUGUCCCUCCCUCUCACCCCUCACCCUGGCCUCCUCCUUUGUCAGCCGCCAUGUGCAUUUCUAGCACAUUAGAGUGGUCUCCUGUAUUGACAUCUAAGUGGGAUGGAGAGGGACUUUUAAUUGUGUGGUUUCAGAAAUUUCCUUUAAAAUAAUAAAAAUGUUUUCUCCAUUAAAAACUUAAAAGCAAA